AUUGAGGACGUCUUCAACGCCUACACUGGCCCUGCAUUGCGAGUUAUGCUAGUGGCCGAGGCCAUGGAUCAUGGCCCGCCAAGGGGCGGUCGGGACUUCCAUGAAGAUGAUCGAGUUAAGUUUUACGAAGUUGACGUGCCGACGAGCUAUUACGGGGAUGAGAAUGAUGAACAUCCACUAUGCUAUGAGUUCAUUCGGGAAGGUGGGGUCAGAGGGACAGUCUGGGGGGAGAAGGCGAGGAAGAUGGAGGAUUUCACGACUGCGAGGAGGAGGCUG